GACACUGGAAUUCAGACCCUGGUCCCUGUAUUUCUUUUGGGUGAGCUGUUUGUGUUCAAAGGUAUAUUGAACCGCCAAGGGUACUCAACUUUAGCCUGCCAUGUGAACUUUGUACAUUAAAACUUAACUUAAAAUGACGUUUAAAAUGUGCUCCUACAAUCUCUGGUUAUUUUAAAACAUGGCCUCAUGGAUCUCACCAGACAAAACAUUGAACGUGAGUGGACUUCAUCAAUCUUAUUUUUUAAUAAUUUAUUCUGGCAUCCAUUCGCUAUGCAAAUGCCGACUGCUUUAGUUCACUGUUGCUGAGCUGAUCAUGGUGAUUUAUCCUUCAGAAAAUCUCUAAAGGAAAAGAAAAUCCCCUUGUGGUGUGAGAAUCAGUAAGAUAUUUAAAAUAGAGUUUCCAUAAAUCUGCGACUGGCAGUGUCUUACCAAUCUGAGCUCUCCAGCCGCUUUAGGAGCCGAUUCUCUGUUACGCAUUGAUAAGAACCAGCAGCCAUGUUUUAAGGCCCACUUUUAAAAGCAUCUCGUCUCCUCGGGAGAGCGGGUAUCUGAAGUGUGGUCUCUGUUGUAGCCUCAAACCUCUAAUCCUCUGGCUCCAGCUCCUGAGGGCAGAGGGCAGACGCCUGUGUCAGGCCUGUCAAACGUCUCGUAACCACCUGCAGAUUAGUGAAUGUUUACUUACCAGUCUUCGUUUAAGUAAGUUCAGCGAGUUUCCUCAGUGAUGUAAUAUGCAUGUAUUCCCCUCUUUAAUUAUCCACCGAAGCUACUCGCUCUUCACAAGCAUUGCAACCAGUGAGUUAUUUACAUGUCUUAGAGCUGUGGGGCUGUCCCUCAGAGCUCUCCCUUCCCACUCCUGAAGUCUGGUUAAGAAGAAAAGCCAUUCCGUUUAUCUCUGGACUGCUCGAGCCCCAUGUUAAUAUUCAUGAGCGUCUGACACGUUCCAAGUGCAGGAGCAAGUGAGGUUUCCUGCCUUCAUCAGCCCACUUAGUGUAUGCCUUCCUACUCUGAGGAGAUGGCGCUUGACACAUAAUUCCUAUGGAAAUGCAGGCUUCCCUUUUACACAGCCGUCAGCGGAUGCUAAUGAGAGACAGUGUCUUUUUAAAAUUAUGAAAGCAGCAGACCGAUUUUGCAGCUUAAGUGGACCUGGUGAGAUUGCAUUUCCUAUAGAGCGCAAGUUAUUGUUAGGAACGUUUGUUCCUCAGUCCACAGUGUUACUUUUCAGUAUAAUGGCAGAUUAUACACAUCUACACAUUCACAUAUAUAUAUAUAUAUAUAUAUAAGAUCAGAAGCACCAACCAAAAGUAACUUCGGAUUGGGUGUGUCCAAACUGAGGUCUGCUUUUGUCUCCCUCACAUUGAUUUAUUUGUUUUACUGCAGUUUUUACUUACGGAGGUUCUUGGAGUAUUAUUGAGCCACAUGGAGAAUGGGACAGGGCGCUGUGCAGUGAGUGGUAUGGGAAGUUAUCCCAGGGGCUUUAGGUGAGACAAGGACAGGACCUGCAGCUCCCGUUAAGAGGAGUCCUUGCUAGGGCGUGGAUGUCAGGCAUGUACAGAGGUGUCUGGAUGAUGGCAUGUAGCAAGCCCUUACGGCUGCUGCAAUAAGACAGUUUUUCCUUCUGUAUCACAUGGCUGUAUGAUGCCUCAAAUUUUGCAUUAGCAUGUACUAUACAACAGCUUUCUUUUUAAAUAAUUGUUUAAAUUUUCAGUUGUUGUAGCUUUUAACUUUUUCGAUCCUUAUUUUUAAUGAUGGUUCUUAAACAUUUUAAACCUCCCUUGUAGCCCACACCCACCAGAGGUUGCAGGAAAGAAAGGCUAUGAGGAAAGCAGACCUGUUUAGAAAGGUUCCCUGGAGCGACUCCCUCUGUGUGGUCUGGAAAUCGGCAGUCAGCUCACAGGCCAUCAGUGGCAGCUCGAUCCACUUGCAAACACCUCAUGGAUACACCAGCAGUCCUGUUCGGUAGAGUCAGGAUAGCAAACACUGAUCUGCAGCAGUGGCACUGCCCAGCAGAGACAGCCAGGCCUCGACUCCGCACUAGUGAGCAGGAGCGACCAGGGCCAACAGGAAUGCCAGGAGAGGUUCUUGGCUGUGCCGUCUCAGCGAAGCAAAGACCCACCGGCGUUGCCCAGCUAGUGGUACCAGGGCACUCAGCCUCGCCACUCCGUGGAGUCUGAUUUAUACUUAUUUCCACUUCAAGUUGUGAUAAAAUAAGCAUGUGUAAUUUUUCAAUUAAUCUAAAAAUGUAUAUUUUUUCAUCUUGGAAAACUGAAACUCAGCACCUAUUAGCCCUGCCCCACCCCCAGUCUCUAGCAACCUUCCCCGGCUGUCCUCUGGAUCUGACUGUUCUGGGUACUUCCUGCUUGGGCUUCCUGCAUUCAUCGUCUUGUGACUGGUUAGCAGACAUAGCCUCCGGGUGCCCAGGCUGUGAGAUGGGCGUUCACUUUGUUGGAUAAUGAAAAGCUUUUCAAAAUGCACAUUUAACAAAUACUUCUUUUUAGAUGAGAGUGACUAACAUUUUAAAAUCUCAUCAGCGAUGCGGCUGAGACGUUAAACCACAGCUCACUACAAGUAAAUCUAUGAAUUGACCUGAUGGAUCAUAUAGGUUAAGAAUGUAUGGGCCGGAGAGCAGUUAAGAGCACUGUCUGCUUUACCAGAGGACCUGAGUUCAAAUCCCAGCAGCCACAUGGUGUCUCACAACCAUCUGUCAUGGGAUCCAAUGCCGUCUUCUGGGCUCUGGGGUCAGACACUGGCGGAUCCACCAGGAACCCUGCUGCCCAUUGCGGGACCGUUGGUUUCAAACCAAGCUAUGGCUUAGUUUCCCGACACGGCCUUAUUCCCCUGGUGAAUUCAAUGGACGUGCCAGGAAUCUUUACCAGAUGUGUGGACGAUACGGCGAUUGUGCUAGGUGUGCUGGCUGGACAUGACCCCAAAGAUUCCACCACAGUAAACGACCCUGUUAAGCCAACCACGCUUCCCAGCGUGCCGGAUGUGAGCGGACUGUGUAUUGGAAUUCCGAAGGAAUAUCUAGUACCAGAAUUGUCAAGUGAGAUACGGUCUCUCUGGUCCCAAGCUGCUGACCUCUUUGAGGCUGAAGGAGCCAGAGUGAUUGAGGUGUGUCUGCCACACACCUGCUACUCCAUCGUCUGCUACCACGUACUGUGCACAUCAGAAGUAGCAUCAAAUAUGGCGAGAUUUGACGGGCUACAGUACGGUCACAGGUCUGCUGUUGAUAUGUCGUCUACUGAAGCCCUGUAUGCGGCUACCAGACAGGAAGGGUUCAAUGACGUGGUGAAAGGAAGAAUUCUCUCGGGAAACUUUUUCUUAUUAAAAGAAAAUUAUGAGAAUUAUUUUGUCAAGGCACAGAAAGUGAGGCGUCUCAUUGUGAAUGAUUUCGUGAAUGUUUUUGGCUCUGGGGUGGAUGUCCUGCUGACACCCACCACCCUGACUCAGGCAGUGCCGUACUUGGAGUUCAUCAAAGAAGACAACAGGACACGCAGUGCCCAGGAUGACAUUUUCACGCAGGCUGUGAACAUGGCAGGCCUGCCAGCAGUGAAUGUCCCUGUGGCCCUCUCAAGCCAAGGGCUGCCAAUAGGACUGCAGCUAAUUGGACGGGCAUUCUGUGACCAGCAGCUUCUGACAGUUGCCAAGUGGUUUGAAAAACAAGUACAGUUUCCUGUUAUUCAACUGCAGGACCUCAUGGACGAUGGCUCCUUGGUUCCUGAGAAUGGAAAGUUAACUUCUGGUUCUCUAACCCAGUAGUGAUCAGAAUAACGUGCAAGUGGUCGGUGGGAGGAGGCUGGGGUCCUGCCUGGGCCUCAGGCUUGCUAGGCAAGCCCCCUGCCAUGGGACAGAAUCCCCACCUCCCCACCGUGCAGUUAGAUAGACUCCAAGAAGUGCUGUUCUCUAGAGUGUCAGUGACCAAGUUCACCGCCAACCCCGUCUGUCCUGGGGAUCACGUUCUCAAAUCCCUGAGAUGCUGUUAACUGUAAUAUUCUUUACAUUGUAUAUUGUGAUUGUAAAAUUCUAUAUUAAAAUGUUCUAUAAAUGCAA